UCAGUUCUGUCUGACCCUGUUGUUUCUCUGUAUGUACAAACACACUAAACAACAGAAAAGUGACUUCCUGCUAAAUGUGUCAGAAACACUGACAGACAGCAACGAGGAAGGAGGAGCGUCGACUUGGUCUGACUGCUACAUGCUGCUGAGCUCAGAUGACCAGGACUCAACAUGGAGGAAUCAUGUCUGCUGUGGCUGCUCGUUGUGACGUCACUGCUGAGCGGCUGCACACACCAAGCCUCUCUGAACAUCAGUCCUAACAGAACUCAGAUGUUUCAAUAUGAGUCCGUCUCUCUGAGGUGUGAGGAGGACGACAGCUCUGAUGGAUGGACGGUGACGAGGAACAUGACUGGAGGAACCAGGAGACAGUGUGGAGCUGACUGGGGAAGAAAAGAUGGUUCUUCCUGCACCAUCAGCUCCAUGAGGAAAUGGGACAGUGGAGUUUACUGGUGUGAGUCCACAGGCGGAGCAGCCAGUAGCAGCAUCACCAUCACUGUCACUGAGAAACCUGCUGCGACAACUUCUCCUCCACCCUCCUCUGCUUCACCAUCUUCUCCUCCAACCUCCUCUGCUUCACCAUCUUCUCCUUCAGCUCCUCCUCUUGAUGCUUUGAUGUUGACAGUUUCAGUUGUUCUACCCAGUCUGCUGGUUGUUGUGAUUGUUCUGGUUGCACAGCGUCUACUGGUGAGACGACUCACCAACAGGAAGCCUAAAGCAGCAGAAGAAGAAGUAGGAGUUGAUGACAUCAGAGGUGACAUCACUUACAGUGGUGUUAGAAUAUCACGUCCCCCAGAACAGCCAAUCAGACGGAGUGGAGAGAAUGAUCCAGCUGUGGUUUACUCUGCAGUGAGACCAGCAGAAGACCUCAGUUAUGGGCAAGUCGUCUUCAAAGACAAGAAGACAAACAGGACCAGAGAGAAUGAUCCAGCUGUGGUUUACUCUGCAGUGAGACCAGCAGAAGACCUCAGUUAUGGACAAGUCGUCUUCAAAGACAAGAAGACAAGCAGGACCAGAGAGAAUGAUCCAGCUGUGGUUUACUCUGCAGUGAGACCAGCAGAAGACGUCAGUUAUGGACAAGUCGUCUUCAAAGACAAGAAGACAAACAGGACCAGAGAGAAUGAUCCAGCUGUGGUUUACUCUGCAGUGAGACCAGCAGAAGACCUCAGUUAUGGACAAAUCGUCUUCAAAGACAAGAAGACAAACAGGACCAGAGAGAAUGAUCCAGCUGUGGUUUACUCUGCAGUGAGACCAGCAGAAGACCUCAGUUAUGGACAAGUCGUCUUCAAAGACAAGAAGACAAACAGGACCAGAGGGUUGAAGUCAGAGCCGGAGGUCCUCUACUCAUCACUGAAGUAACCUUCACACCAGACCAACCAGUGGUGUCCAGCCGGCCUGUGAUUGGUCCUCAGAGACGUCACACCUCAGCACUGUCACCUGCUUCACUUCUUAUUUUAUAUGUUGAAGCUAAAUGAGACUUUUGCAGCUACAGAGAGACGGACAGGUCAGAUUUAGAGCAUGUUUUUAGAGUUUACAAGUGAAAAAAAUAAAUGUAAAGAUUGAGAUGAAUUGUUUAAACGUUUGUUCCCAGCACUUGUUUCAUUCACAUGUUUGUGUUGAACAGAGCCUCCACCUGUUUAGUGUCAUAUCUGACUUGUUAUUUAAACUGUAUUUAUGUUUAUUGGACUGUGUUCUUGUUGUGGCAGCUGUGACUUAUUAUUUCUCUGCAGCAUCAAUAAACUUUGCUCUCACUUCUUA